GGUACCUCUCAGGCUACGUCCUGGUACUCCGCACCACCAUCACAGCUUGUCUUGGAGAACCGUUUGUGUCAGAGGCUCUCCAGUAUCCAUGUAACUCAACAUGACCCUGGUGGGAAAUCAGAGCAGAUGCUGCUUAAAAUUGAUGGUACAAUGGAAACAUACUAUGAGCCCAUGGUGCUUACUGCAGAGGGGCCUCUCUCUUCUUCAGCCCCUGCUGGCCCAUGGGGACACUCCUUUUUCACUCCAUUUAAAUACAUUUCAAACACCUUACGCUUUCGGGGCCGCAGAAGCACACUCACCAGAUACAACCCCGGCCACACUCUACCUCAGGUUCAGAGUGUGGCGCCUCCAUCUGCAUUUGGGGUCAAAUUUUCUAAGUGUGCAGAGGCGAAGCUUGACACCGAUCCUCCUCAGCUGACAUUCUUCCUGCUGAUUAAAAACAUGGGCCCAGUAGGUGGCACCAACCUGUCUCAGGUGGCUAUCCGGGACUCCAUAUCUGGAAUAGUGCCGGUGAAAACUGAAGGCAAGGUUGUGGAAAGAGGCUACCAGACGUUUGCCAUUGAUUCACUGGCUGCUGGAUCCCACAUAAUUUACAAUUAUACAGCACACAUAAGGAGUCAUAAGAGCGAAGUCUUGAACCUUCCAGCUUAUCUCACCUUUUCUAACGCCUCACAGAAUGAUGUCAGCAUGUUUGGCCCAUUAACAGCUAAUCUAACACUGAGGGUGAAUUCAACUGAUAGGAUUUAUCCUAACCAUGGUAUGCAUUUUGCUGGAUUUGUCGGUGGGUUCUUUGUAACUUUGGUGCUGUUGUCGCUGGGGUUUCUGGCCAUGAACCUGAUAGGUCUCAGAACCAGACUGAGCCUUCUACAGCACAUGAGAAACAGAGGUGAUUCAGACCCAGAGUAUGCAGACUGCAACAUGAGUGAAACUAUCAAAGAUGAGGCAGCAUUUGAAGACAAGAUGGUAGACACCAUGGUGCUGGAGGAUCCGCAGAACAUGUACCAGGCUUUGGAGAACCUUGAAAUGUCUACACUGCUGCGUGCCACCAAUAACCUGGAAGCCACACGGAUUCAGAUCUACAAGGACGUGAUGUCCUCAUUGUUGGGUGGCUUGCGGUCUCGGGGCCAGGCCAGUGCCCAGGCCCAACAAAGGCUGCUCAGUGUGCUCCACGGACAGCUGCUGGGCAUGGAGGGUCGGCUGAAGGAGGAGCGAGGGGCCCGCAUGGCGGCCCUGGCUGGCCAGUGUAACCUGGAGACUCGGGAAGAGAUGGAAGCAGAGCACUGCAGGGAAGCUGCUGAGAAGGCCCAGGCAGAGCUGCUGUGUCAACAUGCAGAUCAACAGGAACUCCUCCAGUGCAGUGUCCUCCUGGAGAAGCUGCACAAGCUGAGCCAGAGUCAGCUCCAGCGCAUCCUGUUGGUCCGACAUGAAGAAGCCUCAGCGAAGGUCCAGAGGCAGAUUAUUGAGUGGCGCCGGGUGGAACUACACAAGAUCUUCUCUGAAGAACUGGAGGAGGCCACAAGGAUGGGCGAGUUGGAGAAGAGCACAGCCAAGAGUCUUCAGCACAGUUACUUUGCCUAUCAGGAUCAGCUAGAGGAGGUGCUGGAUGUGGUCCUUGCCAAUCAGCGCUAUGUGCUAGCUGAAAGACAUGCACAGAGGAAGUUCCUGGUACAUAGCCUGCACAGCCUUAAUAGUCUGAUUUCUGACACCUUCUCCACCACUUCCUGCAAUUUGGACAGCUGGUUCACUCACAUCAGGAGAGGGAGUGCAGUGUCUGCUGAGCAGAUAGACCAGCUGCAGGACAAAGCCAAGAAAGAGCAGGUGAUGGUGAGGCAGAGACUGGAUGAGGCACUGAGCCAAGAGAGGAGAGCCAUGCGCUGUGGACUGAUUAAGAAGAGGAGGGAGCUCAUCUCUGAGUUGCUGAGGGUCCACAAGCAAAGACAGAAGGAUCUGUCAGAUCUGUCUAAGGGUCUGGAGGAAGGGAUAGAGGUAGCCCAACACCUACACUGUUGGCAGAACUUACUGAUGGCUCACAACUUGGAGCUAGCUGAGCUUAUCAACAAUCUAGAUGAGGAAGCUGCCGCUGACAUCCGCAAGAUGACCAUGCGUGUGAUCCAGGGUGCCAUAGCAGAGCUCAAAGCCAUCCAGCCUUCUGCGACCCAAACCCUGCUUACACUCUCUCCUCCAGGGAUGCAACGCUCCCUGCUGCAGGUGGAACCAGAGGCAGCAUCAGGGCAGUCUCAGGGACAAGGAGCAAGUGCUCUCCUGCAGGGCCAGGAGAGGCUGCACCAGGAAGGCAAGGCUGCCUUACAUACCCUCAGCUGCACCAGGGAGGCUCUGCAGGAUGCCAUGGAGAAAGAGCUGCAGGAGCAGAGGCAGCUCAGGGAUCACUGCAGAGCUUUCUUCAGGUGUUUGUGCUCGUCCCAGCUGACCCUGUCUGAGGAUGACAGGCUGAGGAUGAAACUGGAGUUUCAGAAGUGUCUGUCUGUGAUGGACCGCUGCUUGGUGCUGCCUCACGCCAUCUCCAGAACCAAACUCCACACCGCCCUGGCAGCUUGGAGAAAAGACAGCGAGCAACAUAUGAUAAAACCACAAUCCAAGGGAAAAACCAGCGAGGCCAGACAGAAAACAGACACAUCUGACCUGCUCCAUUUCCAGAAAAAGCUCAAGGACAGGAUUCAACUGUUUGAGAAGGAGAAGGAGAUGGAGAAUGGUGUAAUGAAGAAGGUGAUGGAGGAGAUGGGGAAGGAGAGAGAGGAUGAUCUGCGUUCUCAGGCGGACAGUUUGGCGAUGCAGAUGGCUACCAUCCACUACCAGAAGGCUGAGAGGAGGACUAAGGUCUUGGAGACCUCCAGAGCCAUGCUCACCCUGCACAGUCUGCUCAUUCAUCAACUCAGAGAGAGAAAGAGCCUUGAGAGACAAGACAUGGCCCAAAGUAUACAGAGCCACUGCUUGGGCCUAGAUGAAGCGGAACAACAGCUUCAUAAGGAGAGGACUGAUUUCGACAGCCUGGAAAUGUCUCCUCUCAGAGUCAAGGCAAAUCAAACAAACCAAGACGACUCCGAUGAAGGAGAGGAAGGUGGAGAGGAGGAGAGGCUGUUUCAGCUAAGGCAGGAUUGCAGGAUGAUGUUCAUCCUCCAGGAGGCACUCUACAAGUGUGAUCAGGUCAUCACACUGUUAGCUGAGAGGUUACAAGAGACGACUGCCAACAGCCAAGCCACGGAAUAUUUGAAAGAACAAAUGGAGCUCAAGAGACUUUAUGCGAACUGUGACCAGGACCUGGAGUUUGCAUCUCAGCUGGUGAAGCAGAGUCAGGUGUCUGCUGAGGUUCUCCUGGAGACCCUGCGUCUUCUCCUCCCCACCCUGCCUGAAAGUGAGCUCCUUUCCGUCACUGAUGCCCUCUGCCCCAAACAGCACCCCAUUUCAUCAUCUACAGAGCAGGAGCACGCAGGGUGUGCCGGGGGGUCUAAUCGACUUCUACCUGUCAAACUGAGAGAAGAUGUGGUGCAUAAAAGUAUGUCAAAUAUGCCAAGCUGCUCUUUGGACAGGCAGAGACUCCAGGAAAAGAGGCAAAAUCUGAUGGAAAAACUGCUCCCAAGUUCCCGCCUCUCAGUUACAAGAGAUGUUGCACCACUGCUGGUAGAAGAGAAAGGAAAGGAGGACAGUUUUACUAAAGCACAACCGUCUAUUUAUAAAUCAACCACGACUGAAAGCACAGUGACACAGCAACGCAGUGGCACUACAGCAGAAAGUGUCACAGAGGCAGUGAAUGAAACAUUACACAGCUCAGCGCUCUCUGCCAGCACUUCACUGGGCAGCCUCACGACUGGGGAAAGGUUGUUCGUUUUUCGGGAUCCACCUGAAUCACAAGACAGCACCUACGCCCCCAAGAAGAAAAGAAAGAGGAACUUUCUUAAUCUGAAGAAAAGCUCGGUGGCUCCAACAAACCUACCUUGAGAUUUACAGACAUUUGAUAUUGCCAGUUUUUCUUCCAUCUCCAUAAUGAUGGUACUUUGUUGAUUUAUGAUAAAACCCAAAAUAAACCAAUA